GCCCCGCGCCCCGCCGCCUGAGGCAGCGCCUCGCCCGCAGCCCCGGCCCCGGCACCAUGGGGGCCGCCGCGGCGAGCCGGAGCUUCGCCGGGUUCGCCGGCAUCCUCGCGCUGCUCAUGCUCCUUGGCACCACUGAUGGUCAGUCAAAGCUGACCUCUGAGCAGAAUGCCAUCAGCCUCUCCCCUGGCAAGUACCGCCACCUCGACCGUGCCACCAACGAAGAGCUGACCUGUGACAAAUGUCCUGCAGGAACCUACGUGUCUAAGCACUGCACGAAGAGUACCUUAAGAGAGUGCAGCCCUUGUCCAGAUGGGACCUUUACCAAGCAUGAGAACGGCAUAGAGCGGUGCCACCCCUGUAGGAAACCCUGUGAACUGCCAAUGAUUGAGAAAACUCAUUGUACUGCCUUGACUGACCGCGAGUGCACUUGCCUGUCUGGUACGUUUCAGACAAACGAUACCUGCGUCCCUUACACGGUGUGCCCGGUCGGCUGGGGCGUCCGCAAGAAAGGAACCGAGACCGAAGACGUCAGGUGCAAGCCGUGCCCUCGUGGUACCUUUUCUGAUGUGCCUUCUAGUGUGAUGAAGUGCAAACCCUACACUGACUGCUUUGGGAAAAACAUGGUGGUCAUCAAGCCAGGGACGAAGGAGAGCGACAACAUCUGUGGUUCUCCAGCAUCCCUGCCGAACACAGCUUUGACUUCAUCGAGCACCGAAGCGGGUGAGCAGCCCUAUGAAGUUCCACCAACCACUGAUCUUCCCAAAGGUCUGAACUCUUCAGUUCCCGAUUUUGUCCCCUCUCCGGCGCCACGCGCGUCCAGCAGCAUGGUGGAGCGGGCACGGUACUACAACGAGACCUCAGCCAAUGAGACGGACGGCAUCAGCGGGACCCUCAUGGGCUCCGGCACCACUAGCCAGGCCCAGAGCUACCGGCACAAGCAGACCAGCCAAGCGCUGGAGAAGCAGCCAUCCCUAGAGAUGAUGGGGGGCGAGAAGCCAAAUGUUCCGUACAGGCCCCCCCGGCGAGGCUCGCAGAACGUCCACCAGCACUUCGACAUCAAUGAGCACUUGCCGUGGAUGAUCGUGCUGUUCCUGCUGCUGGUCCUGGUGGUGAUCGUGGUCUGCAGCGUCAGAAAGAGCUCACGGACUCUGAAGAAGGGACCCCGGCAAGAUCCCAGUGCCAUUGUGGAAAAGGCUAUUAUGAAAAAGUCCACCACCCCCACCCAGAACAGGGAGAAGUGGAUCUAUUACUGCAACGGGCACGGUAUUGACAUCCUCAAGCUGGUGGCGGCCCAGGUGGGGAGCCAGUGGAAGGACAUCUACCAGUUCCUGUGCAACGCCAGCGAGCGGGAGGUGGCGGCGUUCUCCAACGGCUACGCAGCCGACCACGAGCGCGCCUACGCCGCGCUGCAGCACUGGACCAUCCGCGGGCCCGAGGCCAGCCUGGCCCAGCUCAUCAGCGCCUUGCGCCAGCACCGCCGCAACGACGUCGUGGAGAAGAUCCGCGGCCUCAUGGAGGACACCACGCCGGUGCAGAUGCAGUCUCAGUGGCAAGCGCAGGAGCCCAGCAAUGAGGAUGUAAAGCUGGAAGGUGACAAGCUGGCGCUGCCGGUGAGCCCCAGCCCGGUGAGCCCUGCACCCACACCCAGCCCCAAGCCCCCCGAGGCGGCCGUGCUCACCGUGGAGCCCUCUCCUUCCGAGAAGAAAUGCUUCUUUGUCGACGAGGCCGAGCCUCUCCUGCGCUGUGACUCCACCUCCAGUGGCUCCUCCGCGCUCAGCCGGACAGGCUCUUUUAUUACCAAAGAAAAGAAGGACACCGUCCUGCGCCAGGUGCGCUUGGACCCGUGCGACCUGCAGCCCAUCUUUGACGACAUGCUGCACAUCCUCAACCCCGAGGAGCUCCACGUGAUAGAGGAGAUCCCGCAGGCCGAAGACAAGCUGGACAGGCUGUUUGAGAUCGCUGGAGUCAAGAGCCAGGAAGCCAGCCAGACCCUCCUGGACUCUGUCUAUAGCCACCUUCCUGAUUUACUGUAGGCACUGGGUCACCGCACGCUCUCCGAAAUAUCUGCUAGAGCUAGCUUGGCACUCGUUAAGAUGACCAACAAUACGCAGGCGGGAUUUUUUGUAGAAUAUACGGCCAGUAUUUUCAUUGAGGUGUCCUUGGUUUUUGGAGGGGGUGCAGUUUGCCAGCGUUGCACUCCUCCACUGUAAUUUUAUCGCUCAGUCCGAGUCUUUGCACCCUCUGCCCCCUCCCUGAGCCUCUCUUCUCCUUGUUCUCAUUCCAAUCAGAUCAGACAAUGCACUUUAAAAAAAAA